CUGAAUUCUCCCUGGACGCCUUGUGAAAUAAAUGAAGAACAAAAACAAGACGGGGAAACAUGGCGGCUCCUGUAAAAAAAUACGGGUUAAUCCUAUCCCAGAAAAAAAGCCAGGUAGCCAAAGCUCUCCCAGCAUCAUCUGUGUUUGGAGAUGAUUCUGACGAAGAGACAUCAGUUGGACAGAGUUUGCAGAAGGAGGCCAAUAAGAAGAAGAUGAUGAAACAGACCAAGCUGGAGAUGCAUAAAGCACUGGAGCAGGACAGUAGUGUUUACGAGUACGACAGUGUGUAUGAUGAUAUGCAGAAAGAAAGGCUUGAGAGUCAUCAAAAAAUCCUUGGUGGCACAGACAGGAAGCCCAAGUACAUAAACCAGUUAAUGAAAGCAGUAGAGGAGAGGAAAAAGGAACAGGACCGUAGAGAUGAGAGAAAGAUCCAGAAAGAAAGGCAAGCUGAAGGGGAGAAGUUUGCAGACAAGGAUGCGUACGUUACAUCUGCUUACCGGCAAAAGCUCAAAGAAAGAGAGGAGGAACUGGAGCGGGAGAAGAGGCAGGAGGCGAUAGAAGCUGCCUUGGAUGUGAAAAAGCAAAAGGACCUUAGUGGGUUUUACCGACACCUGCUGAAUCAGCAGGUUGGGGAAGAAGCUAUACCCGAUGGGACUACUCCCAGGGAUGUGAAACCAAAGGUAAAAGAAGAGUCUAUUACACCUCCUCCAUCCCCUCCUCCUCCACGUGACGUUGACUCUGCUGACGAGGACGAGCCCAGAGACGUGAAGACCGAGUUCAACAAGUCGUCCCACAACAGUGCCCAUUCCAAACGGCAGUACAGGAAACAGAGAUCCCCCUCGCCCGGCAGUAGAGAAGAGGACGGCAAAGACAGGGACCGAGAGAGGAAGAGAGACAGAGAGAGGGAUAGAGACAGAGAGAGGGAUGACAGGCACGGUCAUAGAAGGGAUGAGAAGGAGCACAGGAGGGAGAAAGAAAGGGAUCGAGAGAGAGAUGACGAUCGGAGUAGAGGAAGAAAGGAAAAGGAGAGGGAGGACAGACAUGGGAGGGGUGAGCCUAGAGACAGAGAAAGAGAGAGAGAUCGAGAUAAGGCUAGAAAUGAAGAGAGAGAGCGUGAGGGCAGAGAACAAGGGAGCCACAGGAACAAAGAGAGAGAGAAGCAACAAGAAGGCGUCAACAACAACAACAACGACAACGACAACAACAACACAGCUCAGAACGACGAAAAGGAGCGAGCGAAACCGUCAGAGAAAGAGAAGAGUGAGGAAAAGAAAAGCGAGGAGACGGCUGCAGCGAGCACCGCCCCUGAGCCCAGUAAGUUUGCGAAACGCAGCGACGACCAGACGGUCAGCUCGGCCAGGGAGAGGUACCUGGCCCGCCAGAUGGCUCGGACAGCAGAGAAGUCCUACAUCGAGAAGGAGGAGGACUGAGAGACGGAGGCAGAGACUCGGAACAUGCAUAUUAAGGAUGAAAUGGAGGGGGUUUGGAAUGGGAUACUUUGUCAUUCCGCUUGGUGGAAUCUAGAGGUGGAAGUGACAAAGUGAGGGCGAUUGUAAAAGUUGUUCUUUUUUGUUCAUGUACAGAAAUGUCUUUUGUGAAUAAAUCUUCCACUAGUUGUGAAACGUGGUUAACACUG